AUGAAGACCCUUUUGAUGGUUUUGGCCAUGAUAGCGAGAAGUCGCCCGCUGACGCUGAACGAGUGCGGAGCGGAAGCCCGGCGACCCGAGAUCACCGACAUCUCGGUGCAGUGCGGCACGUCCUCCGUGGGGCUGGCCGUCCAGAUCUGCCCGGUCAUCUACACGGGCUACAACGAGACCCUCCUGAUCCUCAACCACAUGACGGACUCGGACUGCCGGGCCACGCUGGACGAAAGCGUGUGGCCCCCCGUGGCUCGCUUCCACUUCCCCCUGAACGUGACGCACGGCUGCGGGAGCACCUUCCUGACCACCAGCGCCGCCGGCACCGGCGUCUUCUCGGACUUCUCCAACAUCCAGACGGUGAACAUCAGCGGCGUGAUCCGCUCCGUGGACCCCACCACCGGCACCAUCACGUACAACGCCGAGCUCAAGUACUUCUACUCCUGCGCCUACCCCUUAGAGUACCUGGUCAACAACACCCAGAUCGACGUGUCGGCGUCCUCCAUCGCCGUGAAGGACAACAACGGCAGCUUCAUCAGCACCCUGAACAUGAAGCUCUUCAGCGACCCCGACUUCCUGCAGCCCCUGGUCAUACCCAGCCUGGGCCUGGAGCUGAGGACCACCGUGUACGUGGAGGUGAAAGCCGUCAACCUGACCGGGCGCUACCACGUCCUGCUGGACCGCUGCUACGCCUCCAUCUCUCCGCUGCCGUCCAACUCCAGCUUCUUCAACCUCUUCGUGCCGUGCUCCAAGGACCGCUUCACCACCGUCCUCGAGAACGGCGAGAGCCAGCGCGCCCGCUUCCACUUCCCGGCCUUCCGUUUCGUGGAGCAGCAGAACGAGACGGUGUCCACCUACUACCUGCACUGCAUCACCCGCCUGUGCGAGACCAGCACCUGCAGCACCUUCAUGCAGUGCAACAACCGCCGGAAGAGGGACACGGCGGAGGACGCGGCGGAGAACGCGGUGAGGGCCGCGGCGGAGGCCUCGGCGGACGGGGUCACAGAGCCGUACACCAUCACCUCCAGGAAGCUCAUCACCAAAACCGAGAGCAGCGACUCCAAAGAGGAGCCCCUGGUGGACGACGACAAAGACGACUCCGUCGCCGGGCUCGGUGCAGCCGUCGGCGUCCUGGCUUUUGUUUGCGCCGCGGCGUUGUGCGUCGCCGCUGUCUUCUAUAAGAGGCUCAGGAACUGA